UGGGCAACUCUCCCAAGGACCGUGAACUGUUGGUUUUGUGCCUGUUCCUCUGGAAAUGCAGCGGCUGUUGACUUCAGGGAAGCGGGUCUUGCAAGUGAAGACAGCAAUGCAGGAAGCCUUCGCCUCACCUGCUAGCCUUCUUCCAGCAGCCCACCAAAGGUUUUCUACCAUCCCUGCUGUCCCCUUGGCCAAAACAGAUACUUGGCCAAAGGAUGUGGGCAUCCUUGCCCUGGAGGUCUAUUUCCCAGCCCAGUAUGUGGACCAAACAGACCUGGAGAAGUAUAACAAUGUAGAAGCAGGGAGGUACACGGUGGGCUUGGGCCAAACGCAUAUGGGCUUCUGCUCAGUCCAGGAGGACAUCAACUCCCUGUGCCUGACGGUGGUGCAGCAGCUGAUGGAGCGCAUGCAGCUCCCGUGGGACUCUGUGGGAUGGCUGGAAGUGGGCACAGAGACCAUCAUUGACAAGGCCAAGGCUGUCAAAACAGUGCUCAUGGAGCUCUUCCAGGAUUCAGGGAACACUGACAUUGAGGGCAUAGAUACCACCAAUGCCUGCUAUGGUGGCACUGCCUCCCUCUUCAAUGCUGCCAACUGGGUGGAGUCCAGCUCCUGGGAUGGUCGCUAUGCAAUGGUGGUCUGCGGAGAUAUUGCAGUCUAUCCCCGUGGUAAUGCUCGCCCCACAGGUGGGGCUGGAGCUGUGGCCAUGCUGGUUGGGCCCAAGGCCCCUCUGGCCCUCGAGAGAGGGCUUAGAGGAACCCACAUGGAGAACGUAUAUGACUUCUACAAACCAGAUGCGGCUACAGAGUACCCAAUAGUGGAUGGCAAGCUCUCCAUCCAGUGCUACCUACGGGCCUUGGACAGAUGUUACACAUUAUACCGUCAAAAAAUCCAGAACCAGUGGAAACAAGCUGGCAUCGAUCAGCCUUUCACUCUUGAUGACUUGCAGUUUAUGAUCUUUCAUACACCCUUCUGCAAGAUGGUCCAGAAAUCCCUGGCUCGCCUGAUGUUCAAUGACUUCCUGUCAGCCAGCAACGACACGCAGACCAGCCUCUAUAAGGGGCUAGAGGCCUUCAGGGGGCUAACGCUGGAAGAAACCUACACCAACAAGGACAUGGAUAAAGCACUUCAAAAGGCCUCCCUGGACAUGUUCAACAAGAAAACCAAGGCCUCCCUUUACCUCUCCACUCACAACGGGAAUAUGUACACCUCAUCCCUAUAUGGGUGUCUGGCCUCCCUUCUGUCCCAGUACUCUGCCCAGGACUUGGCUGGCUCCAGGAUUGGGGCCUUCUCUUAUGGCUCUGGCUUAGCAGCAAGUUUUUUCUCGUUUCGAGCAUCCAAGGAUGCUUCUCCAGGAUCCCCCCUGGAGAAGCUGGUGUCUAGUAUGUCAGACCUGCCAAAACGCCUCGCCUCCCGGAAGCGUAUGUCUCCUCAGGAGUUCACGGAAAUAAUGGACCAAAGAGAACAAUUCUACCAUAAGGUGAAUUUCUCACCACCUGGUGACACGAGCAGUCUUUUCCCCGGCACGUGGUACCUAGAGCGAGUGGAUGAGCUAUAUCGCCGCAAGUACGCCCGGCGACCAAUCUAAAGUUGACCAUGGUUCCUGGGAAAUCUACACCAGCAGAGUUUCUGCUCAUGGAUCAUAUUUUUUAAAAAGCCCAUUUUUAGAUGGAAAUGGAUUGGAUUCGACACUGUAGUCCCCAGAAGCAGUGGCCUUGGAGAGUAAGGGGCCGUCCUUAGCGGUCCUUCCUGCCUUUCUCUGCUGCAGUCACUGUUGUGGGCUAAUGGCGGCGCAGGGGUCCUCUGUGGAAAAGCGGAUGCAAAGAAGACCUAGCCCAGAAUCACUGCUCUCCAGAACUGGGAAAAAAAAUCCAGAUAACUUUGCCUAUCAUGUUCCCUUGUGGCCAUUAUUAUCAUUAUUAGAUGUCUGUGCUGUUAUAUCUCUA